AAAUCAUACAACAAGACAGGCGGGCGAUUCCGGUUCAAGGCUGGUUGAUCUUUGCAGGUGUGUUGGCGUUUUUCACACGGAUUACCCAUCGGAUUUUCUGUGGAUGCAAUCAUGUAUGGACUAAUUUUUGGAUUUUCAAAUAACCUGCGGAACAUGGAUGGCAUAUAUCACAGCGGGGCAGCAGGGUGCAGGCGUGGCCCCUGUGCUGAGGGAGGCCGCCCCGCCCGCCUCUCGGCGCUGUAUGGCUGCCAUGGCGCCCGCUCUGACCGACGCCCCCGCCGAGGCCCGCCACAUCCGCUUCAAGCUGGCCCCGCCCCCCUCCGCCGCCAACCUCCUGCUGUCCAGCGCGCGCAAGGAGGAGCGGUGCGCGCGCGACUUCCAGGACCUCCCGGCCGAGGCGGCGGGCGCCGGGCCCCGCGCCAAGCUGCAGCCGCUGGUGGCGUCCUACCUGUGCUCGGAUGUGACGUCCGUGCCGUCCACCAAGGACUCGCUGGCGCUGCAGGGCGUGCUCAUCAAGCAGACGGUGCUGCAGGCGCGCGCCGACUUCCUGCCCGACUCCUACUUCGACGGCGGCGACUUCCUGCCGCGCAAGGCCCAGCUGAAGGGCCCCGUGGCCGCUAGCGGGCAGCCCGCCCUCAACGGCCUGGCCCGGAAGCUGGCCAAGCCCGGCCCCGACCGCGACAGAACCGUGUCCACGGUCAACGGGGACCGGCCCGGGCCCGGCCGGGCCACCCCGCCCCCGGCCCAGCCCCCGCCCGCCAGGGGGGACCCGCUCAAAGCCGGGCCGCCGCCCGACGGGGUCCCCGACGGCCGGGAGGCGCCGACGACGGCCCUGGCGUGCGGAGUGGAGCUCGGCGGCGCCGCGUCCCGCUGCUCCCCGCUCCCGUCGGCCCCGGGGGACGGGCCCGCGCUCCUCCCGGCGCCCGCGCCUCCCUGCCCGGACGAGGAGGUGCGGGACCGGGCCCGGCAGAGCCGCGCGCGGCAGGGCGAGAUGGAGGGCCGUCUGCGCCGGCUGCGCAAGCGGCUGCAGGUGGUGCAGGCCAAGCAGGUGGAGCGGCACGUGCAGCAGCAGCUGCGCUGCCUCCUGAGCUCCGCGCUGCCCCCCGACGCGCCCCCGCGGCCCCACGCCGCCGCCCUCCUGCGCUCCGGCUCCGUGCCCGCCCAGCUGGAGCGCCUCUCCCUCAGCGGCGCCGCCCACCUGCGCUCCGCCGAGGCCGCCUUCGACUCGGACGCCACCGUCAGCAGCUCGGGCGGCGAGUCCGACGUGGAGGAGGAGCAGCUGGCCACGCCCGACCUGGAGAAGAGGCACGUCUCGCUAUGGAGGCGGGCGGAGGGGCGCGUGGCUCUUCAGAGGGCCUCCAUCAUCAGCCACUGGAACUGGCUGCAGGCCCACAUCUCAGACCUGGAGUACCGCAUCCGCCAGCAAACAGACAUCUACCGCCAGGUCCCGCUCCAACAAGGGUUUGAUCGUGCUGGGAGACUCCGCCCCCUGUGA